CCGCACGUUGCGAUCAAAAACUAAACAAAGUGAGCUAGCUAAAGAAUACGUUAACUAAAAUGCACAAAUCUCGCGGUGGUCGCAAAAAGAACAACCACCGACCGCAACGUACGGGACGUGAAAAUCGUUCCCUGGCGGAAAACCUCUCCGAACUAGCGGUACAAAGUGACUCGUCGUCCGCAAGCGAAAACGAUGGAAAUCAUUCCGGUUCUGAGCACAGUUCGGCAGAAUCGGAUGAUGAGCAGCCGAAGGAUAAGUUUGCAAUUGGUAAACCACCAAAGUUUGCAGUUAGCAUGUGGGACUUGAAGCACUGUGAUCCAAAAAAAUGUUCCGGACGUAAGCUGGCACGUCACGGGUUGAUAAAAACUCUUCGAUUAGGACAAAAAUUCCCAGGGCUAGUGCUCACACCGGUUGGAACCAACUGCGUGAGUCCACAGGACCGAGAGGUCAUAAAAACAUCCGGCAUUGCCGUUGUGGACUGCUCAUGGGCACGGCUUGACGAAACACCUUUCAACAAGAUGCGUUCACCAAAUCCGCGCCUGUUACCAUUUCUCGUUGCAGCAAAUCCUAUCAACUACGGGAAACCCUGCAAGUUAUCCUGCGUCGAAGCGAUUGCGGCCUCGAUGUACAUCACCGGCUACAAACAGGAAGCCCUUUGGUACUUGAACAAAUUUUCAUGGGGACACGCGUUCAUCGAAUUGAACCAGAGCCUUCUCGAUCAGUAUGCUGGAUGCUCCAAUAGUGCGGAAAUCCUGGAGGUUCAGCGUAAAUAUCUGGAAACUGCUACAAGCGAAGCUCAGCAGAGCCGAAGUCUUCCCCCCAGUGAAUCUGAAACCGAAGAAAGCACAGAGGACGAAGGGGAAGCUGAUGUCGAGGAUUCUGAUAAGGAAAAAGCAAACGAAGCAUCCACAAGUAAAGAGUCCUAAAGUUACACAUUUCAUACAAUAAAAAAAGCAUGUCGAUGUAAUCGAGAC